AAUCUCCAAUUUCCCAUUCUCGCCUGUUUCCAUUGGACACUUCCACUCGACGUCACCUCCGGCCAAAGUUCACUCAUCAUAUCACAAGGAGAAAUAGAAAUAUAUACAAGACGUUUUAUAUUGGCGAAAUUUGGCGAACCCUCGAGUUGUCGUCUGCAAGGUACUCACCAAAGUUGACUAGGAUAGGACGAUAUCACCCCGGACCGUGAUAAUGUUCUGCCGAACUUCUGCGUCAAGUAAUCGUCACCUACAACAGGUACUACGAAGGCUGAAGAGCACUCUAGUAAUUGCUGAACAUGAUAAUGCCAGUUUGAAAUCUAUAACAUUGAAUGCCAUCGGAGCAGCAAAUAAAAUCGGGCAUGAAGUUACAUGCCUUGUAAUUGGAAGCAAUUGUUCAAAAGCUGCCGAUCAGUUGACAAAGGUUGAAGGAGUUAAAAAAGUCCUAGUUGCAGAUAAUGCAGCAUUUGAAGGCUUUUUGCCAGAAAGGUUAACCCCGUUGAUCUUGGCAUCGCAUAAACAGUUUAAUUUCACCCAUAUCAUUGCUGGAGCGUCCGCCUUCGGAAAGGGCCUGCUACCACGAGUGGCUGCAAAGCUAGAUGUAUCUCCGGUAUCAGACGUCAUUGGAAUAAAGGACGAGGAAACAUUUACUCGUACAAUUUAUGCGGGUAAUGCUGUGAUGACGCUAAAGGUCACAGACGCGAUAAAAGUUUUGAGUGUCCGGGGAACAUCCUUCGAAGCAGCAAAAGUUGGUGGUGGCUCGGGUGCCUUAGAAAAAGCUGCUGACGGGGAAUAUAAAAAUGAUUUGUCUUCAUUCGUUAAGCAAGAAUUGGCUAAAAGCGACCGACCCGAAUUGACCAGUGCCAAAACUGUAAUCAGUGGAGGCAGAGGAAUGAAGAAUGGAGACAACUUUAAACUUUUAUAUGAACUCGCUGAUCUCCUCGGAGCUGGAGUGGGUGCAUCUAGGGCGGCAGUGGAUGCAGGAUUUGUUUCCAAUGAUUUACAAGUAGGACAGACUGGAAAAAUUGUCGCACCUGAGCUCUACAUUGCGGUCGGCAUUUCUGGCGCUAUUCAACAUUUAGCCGGAAUGAAGGACUCCAAGACUAUUGUUGCGAUAAAUAAAGACCCUGAGGCUCCAAUUUUCGCCGUCGCAGACUUGGGUCUGGUUGCUGAUUUAUUUAAAGCAGUUCCAGAAAUGACUGAGAAGGUUAAAGCCAUGAAAAGUUAGGUGCUUAAUUGAAGGUAGGAUAAGUAAUUUCUUAAUAUUAAUAAAAAUAUAUGUGGCUAUUCCUGAUUGUGAAAAAAUAGAGCAAUAAAGAAUAUAUAUUGCAUAAAAUAAUAUUUUUAA